AUGAUCGAAGGCGAAAAGGUUGUUAUUUGCGACGAAAACGUCAUGCCAAUUCUGGAACUAGCGGACGAGUUUCAGGCAGUCAAUGUAAUCAAGCAAUGUAUUGAUGACUUUAUUAACAGCGACCAGGUUACUUCGCAAAACGUCUUAAGAAUUUUGCCGUAUGCUUUUCGUUAUUACGAGUCAGCUAUACCGAAGCUAUCUGAAGUGGUUAAUCGUAGUGUGUCAGUAACACGCCUGAAAGAAUUCCACUCAAAAAUGACAGACGAAAAGGAUGCGGGUAAAAGCACUCACAUGAUAUGGGGUAAGUUCUUCCACCUGGAAAAAGUUGCAGGAAAAAGUUACGACGUCAUAACUUCAGUCUUUGAUCAUUUCGUUCGGCAAAUGCCGUUCCGGCUCCAAGUAGCAGAUUCCCGGCUCCAAAUAGUAGAUCUCUUCAACCCAAUCUGUGAAGGUUGUGGCAGGCGAAUUGCCAGUGUCAAUUUGAACUCAUUUGCCGGAAUGAAGGGAUGCAAGAAAUGUUUGCAAAGAUGGAAAGAUAGGUUUUACUCUGAUAUCCCACAGAAUGUAAGAGAAAUGUUAUGGGAACUACUGUUACAAGUUGAAGACAUUUCAACUGCUUCUAAAGAACAGUCACAAUAA